AGAGUACAACAAAAGAAAAAGUGUUUGACAGAAGUAAAUUUGGCGUUUUAAAGAGUUUUCGCAAUUAAAUAAGUAUUAUAUCGAUCUAGAUAUUGCAUUUAAAUACGCUUAAUUCAUUAAAGUUUAAGUGAAAGUAAUCGCUUAUAUCAAUUAAUUCCAAAUAAUUGCAUAAAUUGAAUAAUUACAGCACAACAAACAUGAGUGAUAGAAAGGCAGUGAUUAAAAACGCUGAUAUGGGCGAAGAGAUGCAACAAGAUGCCGUAGAUUGUGCGACACAGGCACUUGAAAAGUACAACAUUGAAAAGGACAUUGCCGCAUAUAUUAAGAAAGAAUUCGAUAAAAAAUAUAAUCCUACAUGGCAUUGCAUCGUAGGAAGGAAUUUCGGAUCAUAUGUAACGCACGAGACUCGUCACUUUAUUUACUUCUAUUUGGGACAAGUGGCUAUUUUGCUGUUCAAGAGCGGUUAAUUUCCAUCAACAACACAAAAAGAACAACAACAACUACAAAUAUCAAUGAUAGAUGCAAGACACAACAGAAUAACAUUUCAAUAUUGUGUUGCACAUACACACAAAAAGCACCUUAUUUCCUCCUAUAUUUUCGAUUAUCUAAAUUUUUUCCAUUAAUUACCAACCUUUUUUUGGGCCCUGUCACAUAAA